AUGCUGGGAGAAGCCAUAUUCGCCCUGCUGGGCCCUAGCCCCCUCAGCAGCUUCCUCAUCCUUAUUCUCUUCGUCGCCAUACCCGGCUAUUUUGUCUACCAAACCUGGCUUCACCCGCUGGCUGCCUACCCAGAUCCAUUCCUAGCCAAGCUGACCAAUUUCUACACGCUUCUGCACGCCAUCCGUGCCGGCCGCUAUGAAUAUCUGUACCGACUCCAUCAACGCCAUGGGCGAGUUGUGCGCAUUGGUCCGCAGCGUCUGUCAAUCCUCGAUGCGGAGGCCAUGGGGCCUAUCUACGGCUUCCAAGCCAACGUAAAGAAGUCCAACUUCUACGAAGAGUUCCAUGGGAUCAGCACCUUCAAUGAGAUCGACCCCAACAAGCACGCCCGCAAGCGACGCGUCUUGUCACACGCCUUUUCCGACCAGGCUCUGCAUGGGAUGGAGCCGCACAUCCUAUCCGCCAUCCUCACCCGCCUCACCACCGCAAUCCGCACCGCCUUCCCCACCCUCGUAGACAUCGUCGCCGGCCCCCGUCUCAUGCAACUCAGCUACCUCCGCGCCUGCAUCGAAGAGAGCAUGCGUCUCUGUCCCCCCGCCCCAUCGGAUCUACCCCGCGAGGUCCUCCCCGGCGGACUCCAAGUCGGAAAAUGGCAUAUCCCCGCCGGGACAGUCGUGGGAGUACCCGCGUACCCACUUCACCACAGCGAGGAGUACUUCGACCGCCCAUUUGUCUAUGAUCCGAGUCGGUGGUUGUUGCGGGGCAGCGAGGGUCUCCUAGAUGGGCCGACUCCUUUGUAG